AACUGUACUGCAGGGAGACAGUGUGUGUGUGAGCUCUGCUUGCUGGUGCUGGUGUAUGAGUAAAGUGUGUGUGUGUGUGUGUUUAAUGGGAGUAAUGGAAGAGGAUGUGGUGGGCUGGUGGAGGAGAGACAGUCCAUUGCUCCCUCUCUUCACGCGCCUGAUCGGAACCUUUGGAUUCAGUCUGGAUUUGUCAGAAUGAUACUCUGAAAAAAAAGAGAGAGAGAGACGCCGCGGCGUGUAUGUGUUUUCUCUCCUCUUUCCUUCACCCCUCCUCUCUUUUUCUCUCUCUCUUUCUCUGCUGUUGUCUUUUCUUUCUUCUGUGAGCCCCUAUGAGGAGAAUUAACCUAUCCGUCUUUUCAGAGCUUUACAAAAGGAGGGAGGAAAAAGAGGGAGAGAGAGAGAGAAGGGGAGAGAGAGGGAGAUGAGAGCAGCAAAUCCCUUUUUUAUUCAUCUUGUAGCUCAAUAAGUGAAGAAUGUGUCGCCUAUCAGUCACCAAGGGGAUGAGGAGCGCGAGCGCCGUGCACAGCAGCAUCAGUGAGGCGCAGACGCACGAGAGCGCGAGAGCAGCAGCAGCAGCAGCACUGCCGUCAACUUCAGGCUUCCUCACACACACAUAAAUAACACACACACACACGCGCAUACACACACACACUCGUACACACGCUGCUAACUGGUGCUGUGCAUCAUCGCUGGAACAUGUGGACUGCUGCCUGGCGCGUGCUCGCGCUGCUGCUAGGACUGAAAGGCGCGUGCGUGCUGCUCGCCUCCGCGCUGUCGGGAGCGAGCGCGGCGAACAGCAGCGGCCGCUGGUGGGGCAUAGUGAAUGUUGCAUCUUCUGCCAACCUCCUCACCAACACCAAAAACGUGCAGUUGGCACUGGACCCCAGCCUGUCUCUGCUGAGCCGCCGCCAGAGGAGGCUGAUCCGGCAGAACCCCGGCAUUCUGCACGCCAUUGCGGCCGGCCUGCACACCGCCAUAAAGGAGUGCAAGUGGCAGUUCCGCAACCGCCGCUGGAACUGCCCCACCUCACACACUCCCACCGUCUUCGGCAAGAUCGUCAACAGAGGUUGCCGAGAGACAGCGUUCGUGUUCGCCAUCACGAGUGCCGGGGUGACCCACGCCGUGGCCCGGUCCUGCUCUGAAGGCUCCAUCGAGACCUGCACCUGCGACUACAGGCGGCGGGGACCCGGCGGGCCUGAUUGGCACUGGGGGGGCUGCAGUGAUAACGUGGACUUCGGCAGGGUGUUCGGACGAGACUUCGUGGACUCCAGCGAGAGAGGCCGAGACCUGCGAUACCUCACUAACCUACACAACAACGAGGCGGGGAGAAUAACUGUGGCCGCAGAGAUGCGUCAGGAGUGUAAGUGUCACGGCAUGUCGGGCUCCUGCACUGUGCGCACCUGCUGGAUGCGGCUCCCCAGCUUCAGGGCGGUCGGGGACAUUCUGAAGGACCGCUUCGACGGAGCCUCCAGAGUGGUGUAUGCCAACAAAGGCAGCAACCGGGCAUCCCACCGGGCCGACCCCCGGCACCUGCAGCCGGAGAACCCGGCACACAAGCUGCCAUCCUCCCGAGACCUGGUCUACUUUGAAAAGUCGCCCAAUUUCUGCUCCUAUAAUGGCAAAACGGGCACACAGGGCACAUCGGGACGCACCUGCAACAGCUCGUCUCCGGCGCUGGACGGCUGCGAGCUGCUGUGCUGUGGGCGGGGCUAUAAAACUCAUGUCGAGAAGGUGACGGAGAGAUGCCACUGUACUUUCCACUGGUGCUGCCACGUCAGCUGCCUCAACUGCACCAGCACGCAGACUCUACACCAGUGUUUAUGAGAGACAGAACCGAGGGCAGGGUUCCUGCCAUUAUCAAAACGGGCAUAAACUGGAACUGGACAUCUGGCCAAUGGGUCACUGGGGUUUUUCCAGGUUACAGUGUGUGUAUAUACUGGAGAGAAAUAUUUUUUUAGGAUUUUUGUCAAAACAGGAGCGAGAAACUGGCAGAAAACACGAUGAUCAGAAUCAAGCAAAGUAAGUGAGUGUAUGAGUGACGGUGCAUAUGCCAAGAAAUGUCUGAUAAUUCUGUUAAUGUUAUUAAAUCUGAAGGAAUUACACAAGUUUUCAACUUAAUAUCUACCUGCUGCUUCAAUAGCGCACAGCUGAUUAUCACAGACAAUACACUGACACGCCACUGACAUGCCAAAAGUCAUGGGAUAGCAGUAAUAACACUAGAAUGGCUAAAGCUAAGAUCUUUUUCGUAAGAUAACCUGUUGAUCUUGUUAAUCAUGAAGUGUUAACUUAUUGGACUGCUAGCGAAUGACCACACCUGUAUGUAUAAUUUGUGAGGUGUUAUCUUGUGAGUUCGAGCAAGGCCUAUUACGACCCACAGUGGACAGCGCAGUGGAUGGUAAUGAUCGUGACCGGCGGCUUCUGGCAGGAAUUGUCCGUGCAAACAGAACAGUCAAUGCAGGAGUCCCCAAGCGCAUAUCUUACAGUUCAGCGCAGUAUUUUUUAGCUUGCUUCCAUGGGACAUGGAAAAAGUCAAUAUUUUAUCCCAUGAUAUGUGGCAUGUCAGUGUAUUUUUUAAUAUGUUUCCACGUAUACUUAAAAAUGGACAUAUUAUAUCAUGCUACAAUAUAAUAUAGAUCAUUGGAUGGUGAUAUCUGUAAUAUUUUAACACGCUGGAUCAUUAUCUUUUGGUUAAUAUUCAUGUGUUUUUUUAAAUAUUGCAUUAUUUAUCACAGAACAAAAUAUUUUUUUUGUUUUGUCAUAGCAUGCCAAGCUUUAAUAAUUAUUAUUGAUUAACUAUUACAUUUUCAAUCACUGUUUUAAUCACAAUGCUAAGUGAAAGUGCUUAUUGCUCUUUCCAUUGUGAGAAAUUUUAAUGAGGAAUGGACCAACUGUGAUG